AUGGUGUAUGGAAUAAUAAUCCACUCGUCCGAAUGCCACGAGAAAUACUAUUUCAGCUAUUACUACGGGGAGGAGAAAAUUGCGGAGGAGGAGGAGGAGGAGGAGGAGAAGGAGAAGGAGGAAGAAGAAAAAGGAAAACACGACUGCAUUAGACAACGAACCAUUAUUAAAAGAGUCCUUGAAGAAAUAACUUACUAUGAAAAUGAAAAAGUGAAAACUGAUAAUACGAUCAAGAAUCACAGGGAGAAGUAUUUGGAUUUGCUGGGCACGUUCCUCUCAAAGUAGAUGCCACCACAUGUGCACACCUUUUUGAUUUCCUACAGGAAUAACAAUGACGAAGGAAAAAUAAACGGUGAAGGUUUCUUCCGAAUUGUCGAUCCCUCCCUUUUCAAAAAUAGGAUUAACGUUCUGUGGAAAGUUUUGAACAAAAUUUGCUACACCUUGGUAUUCUAUGCCCACGAAAACAUUCACCUGGCGGACUACUUCUUGCACACAUUUAUAAACGCCCUGAGGGAGCAGCACGACGCAGUGAAGAGAAAAAAAUACAAAAGUGACAUGGACCUUUUCCACCCAGAUACUGUGCUGGCCGUGCUGUACUUCUUCUUACCAAAAGGGCAACUGCUGCUGAUAAAUGAGAACCAUGCAAAAUUUCUGAACAGCCAAGUUAAGCAGUUCCUCACGGAUAAGACACAGUUGAGCCCCAAGAAUUCCAAACUUGCUUGA